UUCACUGUUGAGACUUGUGUGCUGCCUAGUGACAGUCCCAACAGGAACACAGUUUGUAGUCGACGCUAGUUCACCGGGUAUUUUUGUGAAAUGAAGACCUCGUGUUUUUGGCUCAACCUCCUGUUUGGUCUCUGCUUCAGAUCGUCUUUGGCUUUUCCUCCCAAAGAUUACACACGACAUGCUUCAUUCAAAGGACCUCUGGUCCCAGGGAGCUCCCAACUCGCUCCCCAGCAAAAGGCUCCGGCCGAGGAACGAGCACAGGUGAACACCGUCUCAGUGACCUGCUAUCCAGACUCGUUGGAGAUAAUCAUCAAAGCUGACCUGUUUGGAGUUGGAUUUCCUGUUCGUGGUGAUGAAUUGCGCCUUGGAGUGGAGUACGAUGAUAACUGUUUCGCUAGAAUGUCUUCAGAGGAUGAGUUCAGGAUACAUGUUUCACUCGUGAACUGCGGCACCAAACGAUGGAUGACUGAAGACACUCUGGCCUACACAAACCUGCUCAUCUACUCUCCUGUGGCGUCUCCAGACGGGGUUGUUCGCAUGGACGGGGCUGUAAUUCCAAUCGAGUGUCAUUAUGAAAGGAAGUACAGUUUGUCCAGCUCUUCACUCUCUCCCACCUGGAUCCCCUUCACGUCAACCCAAACUGCUGUGGGAACUUUGCAGUUUGACUUGAGAAUUAUGACAAAUGACUGGCUCCAUGAAAGAAGCUCUAAUGUGUUUUACAUCGGUGAGCCCAUCGCCAUCGAAGCCUCAGUCAGAGUUGGACAUCACAUGGCGCUGCAAGUGUUUGUGAGCAGCUGUGUGGCGACUCUUGAACCUGAAAUAAACUCUGAUCCCAGAUACGUCUUUAUUGAUAAUGGGUGCUUGGUUGACUCUGAGCUUCCAGGCUCUAGGUCCCACUUCUUUUCCAGGAUCGAGGAUGACAAGCUCCACUUGACAAUUGAUGCUUUCAAGUUUUAUAAUGAGGACCAGGGACAGCUCUACAUCACAUGUCACCUGACUGCUGUAGCAAAGAAUGGUGCCGACGCACCAAAUAAAGCGUGCUCUUUUGUAAACGACAGAUGGAGGUCAGCUGAUGGUAAUGACAAUUUAUGUGAGGCUUGUCAAAGUCACAAUCAGCCCAGCAGUCCUGGCAAGUUUGGUCCUCGUGGGUUUGCACUGCCAGAACAACCUGAUCUGUCCUGGAGCAAGAGGACCAAUGCAGUGUGGGGGCAGGAUGCAAGAGUGGGCCCAAUGAUGAUCUUACCUGCCAACCAGCAAAGUGAGCAAAUACCUGCAGAGGAGCUUCCUGCUGUUCGUGAAGUCACUGGACCUUCAUGGUAUGGAAGCCAGUGGAGAAGUGUCAUAAAAGACGAAGUUGAUGAAAAGGGUCUUCGGUCACCAUCCAGACGAGGUGACGGUUUCCCUUUUGAUGACCAGCAGACCGCAGUCAAGUGGAACUGAUCUAGAAGAUGUCGAUGCUGUAAGAACUCUCCCCUUCUGGAAAAGUCUUGGACUACAUGACGUCAUAGCCGGCAGCCCUGAAUGAAAACCAGACAGCAGCCUGACUGAUCAGUUUACUCUUGUGCAACACAUUUAAAAUGCAAUAGGAACUGUCCCUUCAGAUCCAAAUGUCUGUGAAAUUUAAACUAGUUUUAAUUUUAUUUGACUGUCUGCAACACACAAAGGAAAUAAACUUUAUUAAAAAC